CUCAUCACCUCCACCCACAAGCAGACAAUACCCAUAGAAAUCCCCCACAACACCACAACUAUGGUUGGAUCUUCACUUCCUUCUCACAAUCUCACUCCCAAAUCCAUCAAGUUUCUAUGUAGCUAUGGCGGACGGAUUCUCCCCCGUCACUCCGACGGAAAACUCCGUUAUCACGGCGGCCAAACUCGCGUCCUCUCCGUUGAUAGCUCUAUUUCUUUUUCCGAGUUGUUGGUGAAGAUGGGAGAGAUGUGUGGAUCAUCGGUGAGUUUGAGGUGCCAAUUGCCCGCGGAUGAUCUGGACGCUUUGAUAUCGGUAACCUCCGAUGAGGAUCUAACCAAUCUCAUCGAGGAAUACGAUCGGUCGUCGUCCUUGAAGAUCAGAGCCUUCCUCUCCGCCCCCAAAUCCACCAAAAAGGUGUCUCCGCCUACCUCCUUCAGCAGCCAUGCGUCGACGCCGAAAUCUGCCUUCGGUAUGUACACCGGGGGCGGAGGUUUACCUCCUAGGUGCCCGAUCUCCGGCGGUAGGCAGUUCAAACGGAUCUCGUCAAAGCCGCCGGCGUAUCCGAUUAUCGUGGGCCAGAGAGUUAGCGGAAAAAUUCCUCAUCAAUUCGUUUAUCAGUAUCAGAUUGGGCAGGGAAAUGGUUGCCGCGUCAGUCGCCUCAUUCACACCGGCAACCACUGGCAAUAGCCGGAAAUAUU